AUGAAUGAAUAUAAUAAAGAUUCUAAAACUCUGUCUCCGGUCACGGUGAAGCUCAGUGGGGUGCUUAGUUUUAUUUCUCACGGUGACUUGAAUAAUGCUGUGGAGAAAUUUGGAAAAACCAAAUCAGUGGUUUUGAUUAGAUCGUCUCUACAGGCAGUAGUAGUCUUUGAGCAGAAGGAAGGUGCUGAGAAGUUGAGGAAGGCCAAGAGCAUCAAAGUGAAGGGACACACAAUUCACGUUCUCAAAGAAUCGAGUACUGAUGUCAAGAAGCCUUCAACAACAAAAACACAGAAGACCGCUCCACCGCAAAAACAUGCAAAGUCCGAUGUCUCGACCUCCAAAACUACUAAAUCUACGUCCUCUGAAAAGGUUAAAACUCUGUUAACAUCAUCUGGAGCUAAAAAUACCACGUCAGGCAAGCUUGUCACAAAAGCAAAAAUUUUGGUAUCCAAAGCAAAGGGUAUCUCCAGGAAGCAGGUGGCUAAAACUGUAACAACGAGCAAUGAGAACAAAAGAAAAGAACUCGCGACAGCCCCAAAAUCCAAGAGUUCACAAGAGAAGCCUGAUGGUCCUAAACCAAAAGCAGUGUCGACCAAAUCUGAGUCCAAAACUAAUAAAUCAAAAGUGGCACCUGAAGAUGCAGCCAAGGCCAAAGAACAGGCCAACACAGCUGUCGCUAAAACAAAGAAACUUGUCCAAGAGGAAAAGAAUUCGACUUCCAAAGCUGAAACGUCUUCAACAACAUUAAAAGUUAAAACACAACCGGGACAAGUGACUGGACUAAAAGCUGUGGAACAGGAAGCUUGUGCAAAAGACAAAAAUUUGCCUUCUGGAAGUGUAAUUUCAAAAAAUCAUAACGCCACAGAAAAAACAGAAAAAGUGUCUGCUCUGGGGCCCAAAGACGAAACCAAAGUUACGACAACAGGAGCAACGGCCUCUGGACAGAAGGAACUGGUCGAGGUCGUUGGACUUGUCGAGUCAGUUUCAAAAGGCGAUUCAGAACAAUUGAAGCUUGAGACAGAAGGAACAGAGCCCAUGGUAGUUGAGAGUUCUGCUGAGUCUAAAGACCAAAAGCUGACUGAUACAAAAACUUCACCAGCUAAACUGACUGAUGGUCAUCCAGAAACCAGUGCAGUCAAGACCUCUCCACGCAUGUCUCCACCUAAACCUUCUACUGAUUCACUUCAGGGACCACAAACCACCUUCCAAACAAACAAAACUUCAGUGAAGGCCUCACCAGUCCAGACAAGUCCAAAGGCAGAUUCAGAGUCUCCAGCUGAAGAGCUUAAGACCAAGAAGGGAACUUUGGAAAAGCAACAAGAAGCUGUAAAGCAAGAAGGUCUGUAG